AUGCCCUCCUUCUACCCCCGGCAUAACAUGCCACGGCUAUCUCCCCAGGAGUUCGUCCCCAGCUACCACUCUGCCUGUGGCGCCUCAUACCCACCGCAGCAGCCCGCGUACGCUGGCCCCGCGAUCCGGCAGCAAGAUGAUGGUUACGACUUCGCAGACCGCUACGGCCACCUGGCCAUCGCCAUGCCACCCAUGUACCCGCAGGCCGGCACCUACCUCAGCAGUGCGCCUCCCAGUCUUCCACCUGCGAGCUCCUUCUACGAUCCCAUGGGCGCAACCACCCUGCCACCCAUGCGCGCACAAUCCGGCCACGCGUUGGCAGAGGCGGCUAUGCAGCAGCAGCGCGUGCACGAGUACAACCAGCGAAUGAGUCAGCCCGCCAAGGAAGAGAAGCCUGUCGGCGGCGUGUCUGCAAAGCUGGACUAUGACAUGGACGUCAUGACCGACUUCGUGUGCGAGACAGCCCUACGACUCAUCACGCCCGGCCGCAUGAUGCCCUCGUCGUUCCGCAAAUGGGUACACCAGGUGCUUUGCGCCACACGGCUGCCCUCGGCUACCAUCCUGCUCAGCAUGUACUACCUGUCCAGCAGGAUGCCUAUGCUCGCUCACGAGCCCAAGACCGACACUCACCUGUUCCGUCUCCUCACCAUCGCGCUUGUGCUUGGCAGCAAGUUCUUGGACGACAACACCUUCAUCAACCGUUCGUGGUCCGAGGUUAGCGGUAUCCAGGUUCAUGAGCUGAACGAGCUGGAGCUAGAGUGGCUCGUAGCAAUCAAGUUCAAGCUUCAUCGCGAUCCAUCUGAGCAGCAUGGUUGGACAUCAUGGUCAGAGCACUGGAAGGACUACCAGAACAGUGCUGCUGCCCGCUCUGGUCGCAGCAACAAGCUCAGCCCUAUCGACACAUCGGUACACCGACGCUCACUCAACCCCAACAAGCCGCUUCCUCCUCUGCCGAUGCACCAGGCCUACACUCCACCGUACGACUAUGCGCCCAAGUCGGCGCACUCUGCAUACAACCCUCCGACCUACUCGCAGUACGACCCAUGGCGGUCCGCUAGCGAGCACUCUCCUGCGUCAGCACCGACCACGGGUCCUACCACCCCAGAGUACUACGGCACAACGGGUACUUGGGCUCCAGCUGAGGGAUACUCGCGUCGCACCAUGUUCGGUUUCCCACCCUUGUCUCAGCCCGCCCCUGCGCAAGCGCUUCAGCAGCCGUCCAAUUAUGGCCCACCCGCCUACUCCACUCAGUACACACCGUCUGCAUGGAACCAGCAUGGUCUCAGCUGCGGAUGUGCCUACUGCGUGCAGAGGCACCCGCCUUACUACAUGGCUCCUGGUUAUGGCCCACAGGCUGUUGCCGUCUAA